AUGAUUGAUGGAACACAAGUCAUUGAUUAUCACGGGCAUGUGGGUCGCUGGGAUCCGCUCGGCAUGAAGGAUGAUCCGAAGUUGAUGCUCCAUGCUAUGGACUCAGCAGGUAUUGACAAAUCCUGCGUAUUUGGCAUCUUCCAUCCCGACGGUACAGCGAGCAAUGACCAAGCCGCCCAUUUUAUCGCGCAGCAUCCAGAUCGCUUUAUCGGAUUUGCAUACGUUUCACCGAUGAUGCCGGAGCGGAUGAUACCAGAAUUGACCCGCGCGAUUGACGAUCUGAAAUUUCCCGCCAUUAAGCUUUAUCCGCCCUACACCCUUUGGCCCUUUAACCAACCGCAGUGGCAUCCGAUCUACGAAUUCGCGGACGAGCGGGGACUCGCUGUCCUUUUUCAUACCGAUGGCGGUGAAUUAAGCCGGCCCCGGCAUCUAUCCGAAAUCGCGCCGCAAUAUCCGAACGCUAAUUUUGUCGCUGGUCAUGCCGGCAACGUCAUCGAACCUCGCACUGAAGCUAUCGCCGCUGCACAGGCGCAUCCCAACGUCUAUCUCGAAACAUGCUCCACCUAUCGGACGCCCGGCGUGAUUGAGCAGUUGGUGAAUGAGGCAGGUGCAGAUCGAGUGCUGUUCGGCUCGGAUGUGCCCUUGAUGGAUCCGCGUCCUCAGAUCGGCAAAAUUAUCACCGCGGAUAUUUCCGACGAAGCCAAGCGGCUGAUCUUGGGUGGGAAUGCCCGCCGUUUAUUGCGCAUCUAG